ACGCCAAAGAUAUUGAGGUACAAGCAGAGGAAAGUUUUGAAUCAAAUGAGAACUUGAAGGAGCAGAUUCCAACAGCAGAAGGGGAAGGUGAAACACGUUUGAGGGAAGCCGAAGCAAAAUCCGAUGAACUGGUCAAAAAUGAUAUUGCUUCUGAAGAGAAGGUUCUGGAAACCAUCUCAAAAGAUGAAACGGCCUUGGACAUUGAUGAUGCUUAUGUGCAACUGCAAGCAGAGGAAAAUUCCAACACAAAAGAGUUCUCGGACGAGGAGAAUCCAACAGCAGCAGCUGAAGGUGAAGAGAAGAUAGCACAUGGAAAUGUGGUUUUGAAUGACACCCCUGGAGUGCAAAUUCUUGAAGAAGCAGAACCGAAAGUGGGAGUCGAAGAGGAGAGUUGCAAAUCAGAAGCUCAACCUGAAAAGACUAGCACGAUAGGUGAAGAGGUCUUUGAUGAGUCAAAGAUCACAGGCAGAGAUUUCAACACAGAAGAAAUUGUAGAAGGCAAUGUCGCAUGUUUUACACAAGAAUCAAUUGGAGAGGAUACAGUUAACAAAUCCCAAGAAAUCGAAACUGAGAAUAAAAAUUUAGAGGAAGAGGGAAGCUGUAUAGAGAGCUUAAAAGAAGGCAAUGGUGAUGAUCUCUCACCGGAGCACAUUCCAGAAGAUGAAAGUGAAACGUUCAAAGAUGACGAAAAGGAUGCGUUGAAGUCCGGAGGAGAGAUUCUUAAAAAGUCACAAGCUGAUGGAGUAGAUAAGAGCAUCACAUAUGAGACUGAAAGGUCUGAAGAGAUUGUUACUUCACCGGUGACAUGUGAAGAAGGCGAGCAGGGAGAAAGUAGCAGUCCAGUUUCGAAGGAGGAGGGUAGCAAUGAGGACACAUUUUCUACCAAAGUGGCUGAAGAGGGCAAUGGCGAUAAUGGUGCAGUCAUGGUUAUAGAAACAAGUGCAGGCGUAAAUGGUGAAGAAGGUUUACCACAGGCCGUGCAGGAAUAUGAACCAGUCGAGGGGCAUGAAAAGUUGCUCGACCUGAUGCCUGAAGAAAGUAAGACAGAAUCAUCGAGCGAAAAUGCUGAAGUAGUUACCUGCACAAAAGAGGAAAUAAAAAUUCAGAACAUACAAGAAUCCUUGGAUGAAGAAAAGAAAGAAGAAGAGACAACACCCGUGAAUGAUACGAAGGAAAAUGAAACUGAAGUAGAGGAGGUGUUUGAGAUUGCAAGUACGGAACAAGAAACGGGAGAACAUGCAAGCCGGGAAAUUCAUCCAGAUGCGGACAACACUCAAGAGUUCAAUGAUAAAGAAACAACUGAAGAAAAUUUGAACGAAUAUCAGGUGUCAUCUGAGGCAGCUGAUUCGAGUACAGAUAUCGUUGGAAAGAACUCAGAUGAACAGGCCAGUCGAGAACUCUCUUCUUCGCUGGUAGGAGAAGACACAAGUAUUGAAAGCUCAAAGCAAGAAGAAAACUAUGUUUUGAGUCUGAAAGAAGAGGAAAACGAAGCGAAUGUGGAAUGUAAAGAGCCGGUUGAGGUAGCAAAUACGGCACACGAAACAAAAUUUGAAACGUUAGAGGACAGUAUAGAGCCAAAGGAGGAUCUGUAUGCUCCUACUUCAGAGGAAGAAACCCACACAGACUUGAAGGGAGCCGAAGCAGAAACCAAAGAGCAGGUCAAAGAUAUUGAAAUUGAUCAUGAAGAGAAGGGUCUAGCAACCAUCUUAACAGAUGGAGCCGCCUUGGAAAAUGUUGACUCAGAAGAGUUUUCAGAGAACCAGAUUCAAACAGUAGCAGAUGAAGGCGAAUACAACACUGAGCUGUCGGGAGAUAAGGCCGCGGAGGAAAGCUUUCAAGUGCAAAGCCUUGAGGAAGCAGAACCAAAAUUGAGAGUUGAAGAUGAGAGUCGCGAAUCAGAAGACCAUCCCGAGAAUAACAGCAUGAUAGUUGAAGAGCCUCAACUGCCAGAACAGGUCCUGGAUAAGCCAAAGAGCACUGGCCGAGAUUUCAGUGAAGGACAAACCACAGAAGGCAAUGCUGCAAUUUGUACACCAGAAAGAAUUCAAGAAGAAACUGCUAAGAACUCUCAAGACAGUGACAAAGAGACAGAAAACUUAAUGGAAGAGGGAAGUAGUAUCGAGAGCGUGAAAGCAUGCAAAACUGAUGACUCGUCACAAGAGUUUAUCCUGGAAGAUGGAAGCAAAAAGUUCGGUGAUAACAAACAGGAUACAGUGAAGUUCGAAGGAGAGAUACUUAAAGAGACAGAGAUUGCUGGAGUAGGUGAGAGCACCACAUAUGAAACAAAUCAGAUCGCUGAAUCAUCUGAAGAAAUUUCUGGUGCUGCACCAGUGAAGUAUGAAGAAGGUCAGCCGGGAGAAGGUAGCAGUCAAGAUUCAGCAAAAGCUUCAAAGGAUGAGGAUGUUACUGAAGACGAUGACAAUAAUGGUGCAGUCACAGUUACUGAAUCAAGUGCAGAGGUUACAUCAAAAGGGGAAGAAGAGUCAGCGCAGGCUUUGGAGAAAUCUGAACCAGAAGAAGAUAAGGUACGGGUCAAAAUUAGUGAUGUAGCAGAUGCGAAAGAGGUUUGCGAUUUGGAGGACAAAGCUUCUUUCGCCGAAAAGACAUCAGGAGAGACAAGCUUGCAAACGGAAGGGCAUGCGGAGGUUUCUGAAUUGGCUCUGGAAAAGCUAGAUGUUGAAGCUACUGAAGAAGAAUUCAAAGAAAGUUCUGAAGUAGUUCCUGAAUCUGAUUCUAGGAGCAUUGAUGUAGUUUCGAAAGAUGAGAUUGUUACUAGUCAGACACUCGAUGAAGGGAUAUCACAAGAGCAAGUUGAAAUCCCAUCUUCUACAUUGCUUACUGAGGCAAAGGAGAUCGAAGCUUCUCAACAUGAGCAUGAAACUCCAACCAAAGACAAGAAUAUAGAAGAAGAGCAUGAUAAGGAAAUGCCAGCUGAUGAAAAUGCAAGAGAUUUAUCUGCUGAGAGGUCAGAAGAUGAGACACCCUUGCAAAAGGAAGAGUCCAAAGAGCUCAAAGCUUCUGAGUUGGCUCUGGAAAAGCUGGAUGCCGGUGAUACAGAAGAAGGAAUCAAAGAAACUCUUAAGACAAUCUCUAAAUCCGAUUCUCAAAGCAUUGAUGCAGUUUCAAAAGAUGAAAUUGUUGCUGACCAAACACACCUUGAGGCAUCUUAUGCUUUGCUUCCCAUGGAAGAGGAGCUCAAAACUUAUCAAGAAGAUCGUGAAACUACAACCCAAGACAGAUUUAUAGAGGAAGAGUAUGCCAAGAAAACAGAAGUGCCAGCUGAUGAAAAUGGGAGCGAUUUGGUUGCUGCAACAUUGGCAGAAGAGACACUGCUGAAGGAAGAGCCCGGGGAGCUCAAAGUUUCUGAAUUGGCUCCAGAAAAUCUGGAUGCUGGUGAAACGAAAGAAGAAAUAAAAAAAUCUUUUGAAAAGGUGUCUAAAUCUGAUUCUCAAAGCACUGAAGUUGUUUCGGGAGAUGAGACCACUGCUUACCAGACAGAGCUGGUGGGAGAUAAGGCCGUGGAGGAAAGCUUUCAAGUGCAAAGCCUUGAGGAAGCAGAACCAAAAUUGAGAGUUGAAGAUGAGAGUCGCGAAUCAGAAGACCAUCCUGAAAAUAACAACAUGAUAGUUGAAGAGCCUCAACUGCUACAACAGGUCCUGGAUGAGCCAAAGAGCACUGACGGAGAUUCCAGUGAAGGACAAACCACAAAACGCAGUGCUGCAAUUUGUGCACCAGAAAUAAUUGAAGAAGGAACUGCUAAGCACUCUCAAGACUGUGACAAAGAGACAGAAAACUCACAGGAAGAGAUACUUAAAGAGCCAGAGAUCGCUGGAGUAGGUGAGAGCACCACAUAUGAAACGAAUCAGAUCGCUGAAACACCUGAAGAAUUUUUUGAUGCUUCACCAGUGAAGUAUGAAGAAGGACAGCCGGGAGAAGGUAGCAGUCAAGAUUCAGCAAAAGCUUCAAAGGAGGAGGAUGUUACUGAAGACGAUGACAAUAAUGAUGCAGUCACAGUUACUGAAUCAAAUGCAGAGGUAACAUCAAAAGGGGAAGAAGAUUCAGCACAGCCUUCGGAGAAAUAUGAACCUGAAGAAGAGAAGGUACCUGUCAAAAUUAGUGACGUAGCAGAUGCAAAAGAGGUUUGCGACGUGGAGGAUAAAUCUUCUUUUCCCGAAAAGACAACAGAAGAGACAAGCUUGCAAACAGAAGGGCAUGCGGAGGUUUCUGAAUUGGCUCCGGAAAAGCUAGAUGUUGAAGCUACUGAAGAAGAAUUCAAAGAAGGUUCUGAAAUAGUUCGUGAAUCUGAUUCUAGGAGCAUUGAUGUAGUUUUGAAAGAUAAGAUCGCUACUAGACAGACACUCGACGAAGGGAUAUCACAAGAGCAAGUUGAAAUCCCAUCUUCUACAUUGCUUACUGAGGCAAAGGAGAUUGAACCUUCUCAACAUGAGCAUGAAACUCCAACCAAUGACAAGAAUAUAGAAGAAGAGCAUGAACAGGAAAUGCCAGCUGAUGAAAACGCAGGAGAUUUAUCUGCUGUGAGGUCAGAAGACGAGACACCCUUGCCAAAGGAAGAGUCCGAAGAGCUCAAACCUUCUGCGUUGGCUCUGGAAAAGCUGGAUGCAGGUGAUACAGAAGAAGAAAUCGAAGAAACUUUUAAGACAAUCUCUAAAUCCGAUUCUCAAAGCACUGAUGCAGUUCCAAAAGAUGAAAUUGUUGCUGAUCAAACACACCUUGAGGCAUCUUAUGCUUUGCUUCCCAAGGAAGAGGAGCUCAAAACUUAUCAAGACGAUCAUGAAACUACAACCCAAGACAAAGGUGUAGAGGAAGAGUAUGCCAAGGAAACAGAAGUGCCAGCUGAUGAAAGUGGGAGAGAUUUGGUUGCACCAACGUUGGCAGAAGAGACACUGCUUCAAAAGGAAGAGCCCGAGGAGCUCAAAGUUUCUGAUUUGGCUCCAGAAAAUCUGGAUGCUGGUGAAACGGAAGAAGAAAUUAAAGAAUCUUUUGAAAAGGUGUCUAAAUCUGAUUCUCAAAGCUCUGAAGUUGUUUCGGGAGAUGAGACGACUGCUAAUCAGACACUCCAUGAAGGUAUAUCAAAUGAGCAACUUCAAUUACCAUCUUCUACGUUGGUGCCCAAGGAAAAAGAGAUAAAAAUUUCUCAACGUGAGCAUGAAACUACAACCCAAGACAAGAAUAAAGAAGAUGGGAGCACAGAGAAAAAUGAAGUUCCAGCUGAUGAAAACACUAGAGAUUUAUUUGUUGCUGCAACUUCUGAAGAAGAGACAUGCUUGCAAAAGGAAGAGCCUAGAGAGUUUAAAGCUUGUGAUUUGGCUCCGGAGAAGCUAGAUGCUGAUGAAACUGAAGAAAUCAAAGAAACUUUGGAAACAAUCUCUAAAUCUGAUUCUCAAAAUAUUGAUACAGUUUCCAAAGAUGAUAUUGUUGCUGAUCAAACUCUCGAUGGGGCAUCUUAUACUUCACUUCCCAAGGAAAAGGAGCAUGAGGCAGGUGAAAGUGAGACGACUGCUUAUUGGGCACUCCAUGAACGCGAAUCCAACACUGAGCUGGCUGGAGUUAAGGCCGUGGAGGAAAGCUUUCAAGUGCAAAGCCUUGAGGAAGCGGAACCAAAAUUGAGAGUUGAAGAUGAGAGUCGCGAAUCAGAAGACCAUCCCGAGAAUAACAUGAUAGUUGAAGAGCCUCAACUGCUAGAACAUGUCCUGGAUGAGCCAAAGAACACUGACGGAGAUUUCGGUGAAGGACAAACUACAGAAGGCAAUGCCGCACUUUGUACACCAGAUAUAAUUCUAGAAGAAUCUCCUAAGAACUCUCAAAACAUUGACAAAGAGGCAGAAAACUUACAGGAAGAGAUACUUGAAGAGCCGGAGAUUGCUGGAGUAGGUAAGAGCACCACAUAUGAAACGAAUCAGAUUGCUGAACCAUCUGAAGAAAUUUUUUAUGCUUCACCGGUGAAGUAUGGGGAAGGUCACCCAGGAGAAGGUAGCAGUCAAGAUUCAGCAAAAGCUUCAAAGGAGGAGGAUGUUACUGAAGACGAUUACAAUAAUGGUGCAGUCACAGUUACUGAAUCAAGUGCAGAGGUAACAUCAAAAGGAGAAGAAGAUUUAGCACAUGCUUUAGAGAAAUAUGAACCGGAAGAAGAGAAGGUACCAGUCAAAAUUAGUGAUGCAGCAGACGCGAAGGAGGUUUGUGACUUGGAGGACAAAGCUUCUUUUGCCGAAAAGACAACAGAGGAGACAAGCUUGCAAACGGAAGGGCAUGCGGAGGUUUCUGAAUUGGCUCCAGAAAAGCUAACUGUUAAUGCUACUGAAGAAGAAUGCAAAGAAGGUUCUGAAAUUGUUCCUGAAUCUGAUUCUCGGAGCAUGGAUGUAGUUUCGAAAGAUGAGAUCGUUACUAGCCUGACACUUGAUGAAGGGAUAUCACAAGACCAAGUUGAAAUCCCAUCUUCUACAUUGCUUGCUGAGGCAAAGGAGAUCGAAGCUUCUCAAUAUGAGCAUGAAACUCCAACCAAAGACAAGAAUAUAGAAGAAGAGCAUGAAAAGGAAGUGCCAGCUGAUGAAAACGCGGGAGAUUUAUCUGCUGUGGGGUCAGAAGACAAGACACCUUUGCUAAAGGAAGAGUCUGAAGAACUCAAAGCUUCUAAGUUGGCUCUGGAAAAGCUGGAUGCAGGUGAUACAGAAGAAGAAAUCAAAGAAACUUUUAAGACGAUCUCUAAAUCUGAUUCUCAAAGCACUUAUGCAGUUCCGAAAGAUGAAAUUGUUGCUGAUCAAACACGUCUUGAGGCAUCUUAUGCUUCGCUUCCCAAGGAAGAGGAGCUCAAAACUCAUCAAGACGAUCGUGAAACUGCAACCCAAGAGAAAAGCAUAGAGGAAGUGUACGCCAAGGAAACAGAAGUGCCAGCUGAUGAAAAUGAUAGAGAUUUAGUUGCUGCAGCGUUGGCAGAAGAGACACUGCUACAAAAGGAUGAGCCUGGGGAGCUCAAAGUUUCUGUAUUGGCUCCAGAAAAUCUGGAUGCUCGUGAAACUGAAGAAAUGAAGAAAACUCAUGAAACAGUCUCUGAACCUGAUUAUCAAAGCACUGCUGUUGUUACGAGUGAUGAGGCCAUUUCUGAUCAGACACUCCACGAAGGAAUAUCAACAGAGAGACUUCAAAUACCAUCUUCUGUAUUGCUUCCUGAGGAAAAGGAGAUCAAAGCUUCGGAAGAGCAUGGAAAUGCAAUCUCUGACAAGAAUAUAGAAGAUAACUCCAGCAACCUGCAAAUGCAAGAUGAUGAGAACUCAAAAGCUACAAGCACAGCGAAAGAGACAAGCUUGAUAAAGGAAGAGCCGAGGGAACUCAAAGCUUCUGAUUUUGAGCUUCACCUUACUCAAGAAGUACCAAGGGAAAGUUCAAAUGAAGAGAUCGCGGAGGAUGAGAAACUUCCAGAAGAGUCGGAGCCAGAUUCUGUCAGAGAAGAGAGCCAUCAUGAAAACAAAGCAGAAGCUGAAAAACAAGGAGAGCAGACCGAUGAAGCAUCUACGAUCAGAACAAAUGAACAUCAGAACGAGUUGUCUGAGGUAGAUGAAAAGGGAAUUCCCUGUGAGAAGUAUGAAAGACAGCUCACAUUUGAAGACCUAACCAUCAAGGAGCAUGACCCACGUUUUAUCGAGGAUAAGACAACACAAGACGGCUUUCCAGAAGAAGAGAAGAGAGUUGAGGAGGCAGCUUUUGAAUUUGGCCUUAAAAAUCAAGAUGAUGAAAUAAACUCCAAGAGCAUCAUCACAGAAACCCAAAUGGAGAAGGACUCAAAGAAGUCUCCAAUUGUCGAAACUUCACAAGAGGUUGAAGCAAAGGAUACUAAGUCUACCAAUGAUACAUGCGUUGCUCCGGAAAUCAAAGAAAGAAUGCAAGUGGGUACGCACACGCCUGAGGAGAAAGAAGCAACAACGACUUCCAAAGAACAGCAAAUUGAGGAAGACGAAGAAGAAGAGCACGAAAGUUGUGAAGAGGUGAAAACGGAUGAAGAGAAAGGCGAAAACGAACACAAAAAUGGAGAGCCAGGAUACGAUUCCCCCAUCAUGGUAGAAGCCUCAAGGGAUGCUGAUGUCAAUGUGAAGGUGGUUUCACAUAAGAAGUCUAACAACAUUCUUUCGGGUAUCAAGCAUUCGAUUUCCAAGGUGAAGAAAGCCAUCACUGGUAAGUCUUCUCAUUCAAAGACAAAGUCAGAAAAAUGAAACGAAACAAAAUGCAAGAAUCCAGAUGGGUUCCAGCAGUUGAAGAAUUGGGAGCUUUAACGAAUUUUGUGGGUGUGCUAGCUUGUUCCAAGUUCCGAUUGUUUUCGACGAUAUUGUAGAGGUUUGAGUGUGAAGUGUGUGAUUGUGCAGCUUGAAUAAGUUCAUAUUCAUUGAUUUGUAAAGAGUGAGCUAAAUGUUUGCAGGACUGUAAAUUUGUAGUUUGUGUACAGUAUAGGGCGAUUGUAUAUGUUUCUCACUUCGGUUUUUUUGAGUGAAAAGUGAAAAUUUUCAAUAUUUA